AUGGCCCUCCAUCACGGUCGUAUGCAGAUGAAGUUCAAGACGAUCGCCACCAUUGGCGACUGGAAAGAGCAGGCCUGCCAUUUGGUAGGUAAUGAAGUCGCCAAUGUUUCAUCCACCCAUUUUGGAGUUACUCAGAGUCGAAUGUAUAGCGAUAUUGGCAUCAGAAGUAAAGCUGAAGACCUCGCUUUAGAUCACUUCGUAUUUGGUGCAUUCCUCUCCCUUUUAAGGUGUGCCAUGGAUGGCAGGAUAUAG